AUGUCGGACGAAGAACAUCAUUUUGAGUCGAAGGCUGACGCCGGAGCUUCGAAGACCUUUCCCCAGCAGGCUGGUACUAUCCGCAAGAACGGUUAUAUUGUCAUCAAAGGCCGAGCUUGCAAGGUUGUGGAGGUCUCAACUUCCAAGACUGGCAAGCAUGGUCAUGCAAAAUGCCACUUUGUUGGAAUUGACAUCUUCAAUGGAAAGAAGCUUGAAGAUAUUGUUCCUUCUUCUCACAACUGUGAUGUUCCCCACGUGAAUCGCACCGACUACCAGCUGAUUGAUAUAUCUGAGGAUGGAUUUGUGAGUCUGCUGACCGACAAUGGCAAUACCAAGGAUGACCUGAAGCUUCCGACCGAUGAAAGUCUGCUUACGCAGAUCAAGGAUGGAUUUGCCGAGGGAAAAGACCUGGUUGUGAGUGUGAUGUCUGCCAUGGGGGAGGAGCAGAUCUGCGCCCUCAAGGAUAUUGGUCCAAAGUAGCUUUAUUUUCUUUUGGACGAUGCCUGAGGCUUCAAAAUUCUGAAUGAGAUAGAAAAACAAUUACCGAACUAUGGGGUUUUGUGUGUAGAAGAGCAGGGGCCACAUUUGAGAAACAUUUUAGCACUUGAUUCUUGUUGGGAUAUGGCCUACCUUCCUAAGAAACAUUGUACUUUUUUUUUACUUAUUUUUAUGCUUGGCAAUCUAUAAAUUUUGUGUGUUUAUUACUUCUUGAACCAUGUCUGGUCUUUGUUCAUGGUGUGGAAUUUAAUUUGCUGGCAUGUGUAUAAACUUAUGCAACCUGUUGCGAAGCUGCAACUUUUUAC